CAGGAAGCCAGGUCGGCGCCGCCGUAACGCUCUCCCUCAUUGGACCGCGUAGUCACAAAGGAUGCCUCUCAACCAAUGACGACGAGCGUUACACGCGCUCCGUACGCGAGGAAGGGGGGUGGCAAGGGGGUUGGGGGGGUCUCUCGCCUGCCCUGUUCUGCGCUCCCCCGCCGCGAGCGGUACCACGCAGCGGUCACGAAGGUGUCUCAGCCGCGCGACGCCGUCGUCCGACGAGGAAGCCCAGAAGGUUCGCCGACGGUCGGGCUCUAGUUGGCUUGUGUCAACGAGUGCGAGAUACCCAGUGCACCUGUGUGUGAACACCGAGUGUCACUUCAUAAUCGUUUUCUGUGCCGUCUGCGUUCUAUUUGGAUUACAGCGCGUAAGCGAACCUUCGCCGUGAUUGCGCCGUGCAAGGCUGGACCGGAACAAGGGUUCGUCGGCGAGUGCCCUCCAUGGAUUAUCGAGGCGUCCGUGAGGGUGUGUGUGCGCCGCCGUCGUGACGCUUUGCGCCGCGAGGCGCGUUGCGGUGUUUUGAAAGUUCGACGCGCACGGAUCGUGUUUCGACGAUGGCCCACAACGCUUCGACAACGCCUAUCUGUCGCUGCAGGGUCCUAUACCUAGGUUCGGCCGUCCCUCACAUCACUAAGGACGGCCUUCAGGGCAUCCAGGAGCCCCUGCGCGAGCUUUACCCGGACCAGGGGCCUGUUUCGGCUCGAGGCAUUGACUCGUGGCUCAGCGUUUGGAGCAACGGGCUCCUUCUGGAGAACGUCGAUGAGUCCCUGCGUCAACACGUGCGUUUUUUCCCUAUCGAAACGCUGCAUUACUGUGCAGCCGUGCGCCACGUCGUGGUGCCGGGUUCGAGCGGCUCCGAACGCGUGGAGAAGUUCCUGCCACUGGACAGUCCGUUUGCGAGGCACGCAGGACCACAGCAGCCACCGUUGUUCGCAUGCAUAUUGAGGAGGACCACGGGCAUCAAGGUGCUCGAGUGCCACGCGUUCAUCUGCAAGAAGGAGGCCGCGGCCAACGCUCUCGUACGUUGCUGCUUCCAUGCGUACGCAGACUGUACGUACGCCAAGCAGUUGGAAGAGAACCCUUACGUGCUAGACGGGCCGCCACGGCGAGCUCAGUCUGUAGUCGGCCUGGACACCGUGCAGAAGGUCGAAGCAUGGCGUCACCAGCAGGCCGACCCUUCAACCAGCAACGGCGUGCCGCACGCAAACGGUGGUUCCAUCUUGCUUGACGACGACACGGAAGACGACGAGGGAAACUACAAAGUCUGGACGGGGCCGGCUCCCAGAGAGCUUGUCUACAUGGACACCAGUGGAACACUUAGGAGCGUCCAGUCAACGGCCACUGGGCCCAACAAGUCGUCUCGGCCUCGGCAGCUCGCCAUCCCCUCUCGACCACCGCCGCCACCGUUGCCACCGCUUCCGCCUCCCGCCACGAGCAAGAUGAACGGUCAUAAGGAGAGCUCGAAGUCAAAGAAGAAAUCCAAGUCCAAGUCCUCGUCCAAUUCCUCCCCGCAGCAGCAGCAGCUCCCGGCCAUGCCACCUCCUCCUCACCUUAACGGGUACAGCGUUAUAUCGGGCUACAGCGGCAACCAUCCACCGCCUCCUAUGAUGAUUCACUCGGAGCGGAUGCGCAGGCCUCCUGAGAGGCCCAUGCUAUACAGCGCUGAGGAGCCCUCGUACAUACCUGCCGUGCGAGCCAUGAGCCCGACCGCUUCAUACCAGCCGGGCAUGUAUCCCCACGAGCAGUACUUCAUACAGAACUAUAGCACGGCACCGCGGCCUCACGGAAGCAAGCACAGGGGAAACGGCGAGCACCCGUCUUCCUCGAAGUCCGGCAAGGAGCACCGCCGCAGCAAUGGCCACCAUGAUGACUCCGCGGGAGGGGACACCGACUCUCCGUUCAACACGGGCAUCUACCGCAGGAAAGGCCACCUAAACGAGCGCGCCUUUUCCUACUCCAUCCGGCAGGAACACCGAUCGAGGUCCAACAGCUUGGCUAACCUGCAUUUUCUGAAUGGCGGACCCGAAGGCAACGGUGAUCCUGGACCUUCCGGUAUAGACAAGAAGGACAGGGAGCUCGCUCAGCUCGUCGGCGACUUGGACUUAAGGGACAAUGGUGGCUACGGAGGCCCGUCUCACAGGCCAGUAACGCCGGACACAAACUUUACCAGAAAGAAGGCUUCGUCCAAGAACUACGCUUGGUAAAAAAAUAAAGUGGGACAAUUUUGUUGGAGUUCCACAUCAAGGCACGUUCUCCAUCCAUUCCUCGUAGAAGAUUCGUGGACUGCGCACUCGACCGACGCAGAUCCUGCUACACUACUGCUGGAUGGAUGCCAUGAUAAGCAGCCGCUCGGUGCUUGUGUGCGAAGUGCCACUGUGUCCUCAGUGUGUGCGUUUUUUUCUUCGCUUGUUGUGCUUUUGUGUGACGUACUUUACCUGACAGAGUGGCACCGUUCCCGGCUGAACGCACGGAGGUGUGCAGAUAUGGAUAUACGCAUGAUUGGUGGAUUGCCCCUCCCAGCCUUAAGGUGCCCUGGGGAUUAAGUGUCAACGCUGGUGAUCCUUCUUGUGGUACUGCCGACGGAUUCUGCUGACUUGUUCCCCGGCUCCGAAUGGGCCCACAGGCUUAACACAAUGCGCUGUGUUUUAAUGCAGUGGCUUAAUUUUUGUGCGUGAACAAAAUUCUGGUUCACUUGAAGGCGGUGCGAAUGAUGAAGACUGAGGAACACUUCGUUGAGCUUUUGUUAUAUUGUAACAUCCGUCAGCCUGUUUUGUUCGUGUGUGUCUGGCCAACUGACCAACUUUCUAAUACUGUGUGGAUGUGCUAGUGAUUCAUGAAAUAACCCUGAAAAAUAGUAAGACACUUCCUUGAAACCAGACUGGUCACAUUUCCUGACGCGUUAUUCAGGGAACCAAGCAAAUGCUGUGAACUAGAUGGACCUUCAAGCGCAUUGGCUGUUCGUCGAUUACUGACUGUUCAAGCUCGGAAGUGUAGGCUAAACUACCUAACAGUCAUUGAUAACGUAGCCAUUGUUUGAAGGUGAUCAUAAUUGCUUUCUCUCGCGUUUUAUUUUCUUUGGCAUCGAACGCAUAGGAACGAAAGACACCGUGAACAAUCUUAACAUUUUGUUUCCGUCAGGAAACAAUUAGAAUGUAAUUGUCCUCUGCAGUCCCACUGUAGUCGCGCUGGCUGAUUUCGCAGUGAUUCUGAGCUAGCAUUGAGAGCUUCGCUCAAAGCUCACGUGAUCGCUUACAAAUUGAUUGCGAUUUCAUCUGAUCAAGGUCGAUCACUAGUCAUUGGUGGAAUGGCCCAACUAUCACUUAAUUGAGAAGGAUUCGUUUUGAAGGAUGAAAUAUGCAGCAUAUUGAUUGAAGAGCAAGUUGACUCUUAGAUGCCCUUAGAUGUAAGAGUGCUCUCGGAGUGAUGGCAACGAAGAGUCGGGUGAAUGCGUACGCCUGAAUCAGGAGGAGCUGGAUGAGUUGAGACGAGGACUGGAAAGUUGUAUAGAAGAUCGACUGAACUGACGUCAUGCGCGCCUAAAGAGGGGGGUGACACAAGCAGCCAUUUUGUUGGCUGUUAGUAAUAGGCUUUCUACAACAUGUGUCAUUGUAGAACUUUAGCAGUGUAUUAACGCCUAUCGAUGCAUGUUCUAGUUUUAUUUCGAUAACCAGAUUGCUAUCUAUCUAUUUUCGAUGGUGUGCGUCAUUGCCGUGGGUCCAAAACUGUGCAUGUGGCUAAGAAGUGUUAUAACCAACCAGCCUAAAACCGCGAACGUCAACACUUUCUCAACAACUUAAGGUUAUUCGUUUACAGGAAUUAUGGAAUUCUAACAAUAUGCCAUGCUUUCUUGUCGACGUUAGCACGCCUUGCGAAUAUUAAAGAACACUUGAAAAGCUAAGAACACGACAUGUGUUCCGUAACGCGAUUUUAACGCCGCAUUAGCGAUGUACUUCAUGACAAGCUUACUUAUUCGAAACGACAAAGGAACCAUCAAAAACAGACUUAAGACCAGAAGGAGGCGCACACAUACAUACACACAUACAUAUAUAUAUAUAUACACACACACACAGUCGCCAGUUGCAUCUACGGCUGCCGCACGUUGGGAACGCCAAGCUAGGCGACAGAACUAUUAACCAAAAAACGGAGGCUGUAAUUGUUAAGCUUUGCUGUGACUAGCUGCAAUGUGCUGAAACGUCAAAUCAGGUCCACAAUAUCAGUUUCUCACGAAAAAACGGUCAUUGACUGGGUGCCCUCGAGAACAGUACGUGUGCUGUUAUAAUUGGCCAACGCCGGUACUUAUGAAGUGCAGGAGCAUACUAAAAGCUUUGCGAAUAUGGACCCUAAAUUGUUAUUAUGCUCCUGACGACCAUUAUAGCCGUUAUUACGAACAGCAUGACGCACACCCAUGUCAUGGUGCGGCUGACCUCGGCACAAGCUACUGCGACUGACAAUAUUCUGUUUUCUUGAGUCCUUUUCAAAUGUUUUCCGAAUUUCCUGCUUCUAACGACGUUUACAUCCGUAAGCUUACAGAUAUGUGACUCCAGAACGCGUUUCCACACUCCUUCCCACCAAGUCAAGGGCACUUUUAUUAGAUAUUUUUUCUUUCACAUUUCUAAUUUUGCUCUUGGGUGCAACGUUCGAAACCGCGGAUCCGUUCAAAAUACGUGAGCCGACCAUAAAACUUGGAAGAUAAGGAUUACGAGGUCGGCCAGAAAGCUAGAGCUUUUGCCAGGCUUCUUCCGGUUUCCGCACUAAAAUAACCUUCAGCUCUACGGGCUUAAGGCCAGAAAGAGCCUGCGCAAGCGUUUUUACAACGGGUGAUCCCGACCAUGGAAUGUUAAAAUGUCCGUGCUUUGAACAUAGGAAAGCUAAAUUUAUCUCGGGAUACAACUUGUACUUAAAGCUAGUGUUCACAUUUACGGCUGCAGUGUUGAAUUCUGAUGUCCUCACGCUGUUCAAAUAGCUACGAAACGCGUUACUUGGCCCGGUUCGGAAGUUGCUGCUGCUCAGAAACAAUACGUACUUCCAAAGUUAAACGACUGCAUCAUUGUCAAACUGGGUAACAAAAUGCGGUGAAAUCAUUCAAGGGUAACGAAUUUUUGUCAGGCCUCGACAGAAUGGCACCGAGAAGCUCAGGGCUGCAUCUCGUAAUGCGGGUGAUUGUAAUUUUACGGACCAGUUUCAGCGCAUCAUUAGGCAAUAAACGCGGACGCUUUCUUGACUGAAUGCUUUCGUAGCCUACUGACUACUAUGUGAUCCUUUCUUACCGAGCGCCUAGUUUUUUAACCUUAGGCACACUAUUCAAUUCGAAAAGGCGUAAAUUGAAAAUGCAUGCCGCUUUAUCAAUUAAAGCAGGUGUUUCGUUGAGCACUAUACGCAGGCAAGCCGUGGUUGUUUGCUGCAGUUAUGACGAAGAAAUUGUGCUUUUUUUUGCCCAACCACAGAGGCGCAGCCGUUUCCAACUCGUCAUUAUGCGAAACAUACCGCGAGAGGAAGUCUGUUUGAAAGGCAGUAGGUUUAAGCACGCACUGUCAUUUAUUGCAUCUUUUUAGGUGUUAUGCUUGCGCUAGCACGUAAUGAGCUAGCACAUUGUAUACCGUUACAGAACUGCGUAAUUUAGCCGUCUUAGCUCUGUUUAAAAUGAAGGAAGAGGAUGGGUGUGUGUUAAGAAGUAAAGUUAUAAUUGCUUUUGAACUGCUGGGAACAAUCUCGGCAUGUAUUCAACGCAGCAGGAUCCUCUAAUAUGCUGCGUUACCUCUACCUCUAGAGGGUAAAAAAUCUCUCACACUCAUCGAAAAUGAUUAGAGAGCUGCUGUUGUGGUGCACCAGUUAUCGCUAAUUUCUUGCUUGUUACACGAAACGUAAACAGUACAAACGUAAUUAAAAAUCGAGCAAUGCUAUAUUCGGUUGUCAUCGUGAAUUUUGUAAAAUAACCUGAAUGAGCGACUCAGACAACAGGGCAAAAUUUGUUGUUCUUAUUGGUAAUCUUUCCCAAAAUUUUUGGAAAAUCUUUCCCAAAAGUUUGGGAAAGCUUUCAAUGCAAUUGUGCGUGUAAACAUGUGAUUUGACUUGUAAACCUUCAUUAAAUAUAAGUUUUUUGUUGUGAAAAUUACAGCUUCAGAUGAAGCAGUUGCAUGGAAAACAUGAAACUGUUCCAGAAGUGCCAUCCUAGCCUUUCUGUGUUCAGACGUGCUUUAAUAUGCCCUUUAUAAGAAUUGCUUGGAGCGCUGGUAGAUAUGCGUAAAUUUGAAGGGAUGGUCAUUACACAUUAAAGAAAUAUACAUGUGACACACAUUUUUGUACCUUGAUGUUGAACCAUCGAAGUCUUCACAGAGUCCUUUCCGUCGUCUACCUUUCUUUUUUAACAUAGCAGAUGGAACUGUGUUUUUUUGUUGCUUGCACGCCGUCGUAAGACGAUCAUGAAGUUUCUUAUCGGUAAUACUGCACGAGCAAAAAAUGUGGAAACGAUGGUAAGAAAUCUUCAGAAAGGCGAAUGAGUGCUCUCGCAACUCGAAAUGCGUGUGAUAUUUGAGCUGUGGAUAGAAAACGACGGACAAAAAUCUUGCGCUACUGAACAUUAUCCCACGUGAAAAAUUUGGUGAAAUGUUGUGUGAAGUUUGAACGGCUUGUUCAUUCUGCUUUUCGUUGUUGUGUUGACGAUGCAUCGACUUGUACAGCCCGAGCAAGACCUUUUUUGUGCAAGAAUGUCCUGCUCUGUUGUUAUGCCGAAAUAAAACGGACAGUUCCUGGUCAAAAA